AUGAAUAACGCUAAAAAGUUCCAUCAAUAUUUCGCAACAGUAGCAGUAUGUUUAGGCGCAAUGGGCAGCGGGAUCAACAUUGGCUGGACCGCGAACAUCAACGAAAACCUAAAAAAAGGCGAUUUAAACGGCGUCAAAAUCGAUUUGUCUUGGGCUGGAUCCAUAAUGUGUUUGGGUGCCGUUUUCGUGAUGCUUCCCAUCGGCUACAUGGCCGAUAAAUUGGGCCGAAAACCCACAGUUUUAUUGAUGCUUGUGCCGUUUAUACUUGGAUGGCUCUUGAUUAUUUUCACACAGCAUAACGCCAUGCUAAUGGUGGGCAGAUUCCUUACAGGCAUGGCUGGAGGGGCUUUUAGCAUUAUGGGGCCUCUGUAUACAUCUGAAAUUGCCGAAAAACAGAUCAGAGGAACUUUAGGUACUUUUUUUCAAAUGUUUUUGACAUUUGGGAUACUUUGGGCAAACGUAUUAGGCUGGGUUAUACCUAUAGUAAUAUAUACAGUAUCGUGCGCCAUAAUUCCACUAAGCAUGGGUUUGUUGUUUAUGUUCCAGCCGGAAACUCCAGUGUAUUUGAUUAAAAAAGACAAACGAGAAGAAGCAAUAAAAGUAUUUACAAAGCUUCGAGGCAAAGACUAUGAUCCAUCUGAGGAAAUAUUGGCAAUUGAAAAGCAAGUGGAACACACUGAAGCAUUAAAAAGUGAAUUCAAAACACAAUUGAUGUCUAAGCAAGGCAAAAAGGCUUCAUUUAUUUGUUUUAUGAUUAUGUUUUAUCAGCAAAUGUGCGGAAUUAAGGCUGUAAUGUUUUAUUCUGAAGGCAUUUUUGUGGAAGCCGCUUCGAGUGUAAGUCCGCAACUGUCUACAGUGAUUUUGGGAAUUGUGCAUGUUGCUGGAACGGCUCUAGCGACAUGGUUAGUAGAAAAAUUGGGCAGGAAAAUUCUUUUGAUAGCCUCCUCUGGCGCAAUGUGCUUAUCAACACUUGCAUUGGGAAUCUACUUUUUGUUAAAAGAUAAAGAAUUAGUGAGCGCAAGCGCGGUUACAGCAAUGGGCUGGCUACCUUUAUCCUCUCUAGUAAUUUACAUUAUAGCGUUCUCCGUUGGACUUGGCCCUAUAGCCUGGCUGUGUCUACCAGAAAUAUUUCCAGCAGCAAUCAAAGCCCGAAUGAGCUCUUAUGCAGGAAUGCUGAAUUGGUUUUUAGCGUUUCUGGUGUCCGUUGGCUAUCAAAAUGUCAGCGACUUGGUGGGAGCUUAUACGUGCUAUAUGAUAUUCUCGUUUAUAUCCGGCUCGUGCGUGUUUUUCGUUCUGUUUUACAUGCCCGAGACUAAGGGGAAAACUUUUCAAGAGAUACAAGACGAACUUGGACAAUAG